GCGCUGCCGCCCCCGACGGGGAGGAUCAUGGCGAAAGUGGAGCAGGUCCUGAGCCUCGAGCCACAGCACGAGCUCAAGUUCCGAGAUCCCUUCACUGAUGUCGUCACCACCAACCUAAAACUCGGCAACCCAACAGACCAAAAUGUGUGUUUUAAAGUGAAGACCACGGCACCACGCAGGUACUGCGUGCGGCCCAACAGUGGGGUCAUUGAUGCCAGGGCCUCUCUCAAUGUGUCUGUGAUGUUACAGCCUUUCGAUUAUGAUCCCAAUGAGAAAAGUAAACACAAGUUUAUGGUUCAGUCUAUGUUUGCUCCGCCUGACACUUGUGAUAUGGAGGCAGUAUGGAAGGAGGCAAAACCGGAAGACCUUAUGGAUUCAAAACUUAGAUGUGUGUUUGAAUUGCCAGCAGAAAACGCUAAACCACACGAUGUAGAAAUAAAUAAAAUUAUACGUACAAGUGCAUCCAAGACAGAAGCACCGGUGGCUGCUAAGUCCCUGAUAUCACCCCUCGAUGACACGGAAGUAAAGAAGGUGAUGGAAGAGUGCAGGCAGCUGCAGGGGGAGGUGAAGAGGCUUCGGGAGGAGAGCAGGCAGCUCAAGGAAGAAGAUGGGCUUCGAAUGAGGAAGGCACUGCAGAGCAACAGCCCCAUGGCGGCUCUGGCUGCCACCGGGAAGGAGGAAGGCCUCAGUGCCAGGCUGCUAGCUCUGGUGGUUUUGUUCUUUAUCGUUGGUGUCAUUAUCGGGAAGAUUGCUUUGUAGAGGCCGCAUGCAAAGGAUGGCA